CCACACCUCACAACAUUUCUUUCACGCAACGAUGGCCAAGCUGCGGUUUCUGAGCCUGGGAUUGGCUGUGUUUGCCACGCUGGCGCUGGUGCCGCUGGUGUGCAUGACGACGGUGGUGGCUGAUGAGUCGGCGACGGAGCUCAACGCUCACGCCUCGGGCACUGCCAUUCACACGCUGUUUUCUGAAGAGGAGCGGGCGGCGAUGGAGGCCAACAUGGAGUCAAAGGCGUUCCAGGCGGACGUCUCGCGGGUCAUGGGCCUCAUCAUCAACUCGCUGUACUCGAACAAGGAGAUUUUCCUUCGCGAGCUCAUCUCAAACGCGUCCGACGCGCUCUCCAAGGUCCGCGUCCUCUCGCUGACCGAGCCGGAGAUUCUCGGCGACACGCCGAACCUGGAGAUCCGCAUCAAGGCGGACCCGGAGGCGAACACGCUCACGAUUUCGGACACCGGUAUCGGCAUGACCAAGGCUGAUUUGAUGGACAAGCUCGGCUCGAUCGCGUCGUCGGGGACUAAGCAGUUUGCCGACGCGCUUGCACAGGACGACUCGGACCUGAUUGGCCAGUUUGGCGUUGGCUUCUACGCCUCGUACCUUGUGGCCGACACCGUGACGGUGAUCUCGAAGAACAACGACGACGACCAGCACGUGUGGGUGUCGGACGCGUCGUCGACGUACUCGGUGACCAAGGAUGUGCGCGGCAACACGCUCGGGCGCGGAACCGAGAUUGUGCUCGAGCUCAAGGAGGACGCGCUCGAGUUCCUCGACGAGGACGGGCUCCGCCGCCUGACCAAGAAGUAUUCUGAGUUUAUCGACUACCCGAUCUACCUCUGGGCCGCCCACGAGGAGGAGUACGAGGUGACCGAGGAGGCCGACGAGCCGAUCGAUGACGCCGACGGCGACGUGGUCGAGGGCGAGGACGACGAUGUUGCCGAGCCGGAGACCCGGACCGAGACCCGGACCGUGUACGAGUGGGAGCUGAUCAACAACCAGAAGCCGAUCUGGAAGCGGUCGAAGGACGAGAUCACCGAGGAGGAGUACAACGACUUUUACAAGGCGCUGACUGGCGACACCGAGGACCCGCUGACGUAUGUCCACUUUCGGGGCGAGGGCGAGGUCGAUGUGACCGCGCUCCUGUUUGUGCCCAAGAAGGCUCCGGCCGACCUCUUCUCGCGGGUCUCGGCCUCGCGCCACAACAUCAAGCUCUACGUCCGCCGGGUCUUCAUCACCUCGGACUUUGACGUCCUGCCCAACUACCUCGGCUUUGUCCGUGGCGUGGUCGACUCGGACUCGCUCCCGCUCAACGUCUCGCGCGAGCAGCUGCAGCAGUCCAAGAUGGUCCGCUCUAUCCGCAAGAAGAUGAUUCGCCGCGUGCUGGACUCGAUCCGCAAGCUGGCGCGUGACGAGGACAAGCCCGAGGUCUUUGAGAAGUUCUGGGAGCAGUACGGCACGGCCAUGAAGCUCGGCCUCCUUGAGGACACCGCCAACCGGACCAAGCUCGCCAAGCUCCUCCGCUUCAUCUCGUCGUCGUCCGAGGGCAAGCUCACCUCGCUUGAGGACUACGUCGAGCGCAUGCGCGACGGCCAGGACCGCAUCUACUACCUCUCCGGCGACUCGGUCGAGCAGAUCGAGGAGUCGCCCUACCUGGAGCUCCUCACCCGCCGCGGCUACGAGGUUCUCUACCUGCUCGACCCGGUCGACGAGUACGCCCUCUCGUCGCUGCCCGAGUUUGACGGCAACAAGCUGACCAAUGUCGCCAAGGACGACCUCGAGCUCCCUACCGACGAGGCCCGCUGGGACGAGCUCAAGGACUCGUUCAAGCCGCUCACCACCUGGCUUAAGGUCACCCUCGCCGACCGCAUCGAGAAGGCCGAGCUCUCGCAGCAGCUUGUCUCGUCGCCGGUCACCCUCGCCGCCUCCUCGUGGGGCGUCUCGCCGACCAUGCGCCGCAUCAUCAAGUCGCAGGCCACUGCCGGCGAGAACUCGCAGGAGUACCUCCUCCACGCCAAGCCCAUCAUGCAGAUCAACCCGUUCCACCCGCUCAUCAAGGAGCUCGCCGCUCGGGUCGACGCUGACGAGGAGGACCCCGAGCUCGUCGCCGCCGCCGAGGUUCUCUACGGCUCGGGCGCCAUGUCGUCCGGCUUUGGCCUCGAGGAGCCGGCCUUCUUUGUCAACCACGUCCUCAACCACCUCUCGUCCAACCUUGGCGUCGACCCCGAUGCCGAGAUCGAGUUUGAGGACCUGACCCCGCCGCCCGAGCCCGAGGCCGACGCCGACGCCGACGCCGACGUCGAGGAGGACAUUGUCGCUGACGAGGCUGCCCACGAGGAUCUUUAAUCCUUUACGGUACGGAAUGGACAGAGAUGUCCAUCGCGCAAGCCGCGCUCCGCGACGCUCCACAGACGUCGCAACGUCCAUUAAUCGCGGUAAAAGAGUAGUACAAUGU